AUGUAUUUGUCAGGUGGAAAAAGGGUUUUCCAGGCACUUCUCCAAAAUGCUUCUUCCAAUGGACUGACAAGGUACAUCUUCGCUGGUGCAACCCCAGUGAUGAUGAUGGUUGCAGCUAUGAUGGCUUUCUUUGAGGACCCCAAGUCAGGGUGGAAGGCCCUCAAGGAGCCACGUGUCUCUUCCAGAUUGGCUAGUAAAGAAUCAAGAAAAAUGGAGAGUCCUGCUUUACAGCAUAGGGAUCUUGAUGUCCAUUGUCUUUGCCUAUUUUCUAAUAUGGAAAUACGAAGGAUCCUUGGUUACACAAAAUCUGGUAUUGAAGCUGGUGCAACUUUUGGUGUCAGAGGUGGAAAAUUCGGUUCUAAAGGCUAUUAUAUCCCAUCCACCGACUUCUCAAAUGUCCGUGGUAAUAUGUUGAUAGCAACAGAAAAGAUUCUUAUACCAGUGCAGUUCAUUUUGAAAUUCAAGGACCUGGGUGAGGUGAUCGGAAAGACAAACGCUGCUCACUAUGAGUUAAUAGUUGGAGUCUUUGCCCAGAGCUUAGAUACAGCCAAUAUCCUGAUGCGCGCAUUGAAGGUGGGCACAGUAUGGGUCGGCUGCUUUGACGUGUCUUAUGCAGCGAUUCCUUUUGAUGGGUUUAAUGUCACUCUCAAGGCUAUGGAAAAUCACUUGAUUUUUAGGUGGAUGAAAUGCCGCCUUGUUAAAAUCCCUACAGCUUCAUCAUUUCUGCAUGGGUCCACAGUCCACAUGAGUGUUGAGGGUGGAUGA